AUGUCGGUCAUCAUCACCAUCACCGCCGCCCUGGCCGUUUGCGCCGGCGCGGCCGUCACGCAGCGAUACGCCGCCGUCGACAUGUCGCCCGUCCAGGACGGCCUCAUCCCGCGCUUCUUCCUCGAUGCGCCCAUACUCGCCGCCCGCGACGGAGCUCCUUGCCAAGCGAAUGCUCAUUCUUGCGUCGACGUCGGCUUCCCAACCUACUGCUGCUCCAACAACAACUACUGCUACGUCAAGCCCAACGGGGACCCGUGGUGCUGCCCGAUCGGUUCCCCGUGCGACUCUAAAUGCCCCUCUGACAAAUACCAAUGUCCCUCCGUCGUUGCCGUCACCAUAACGCAGUCCCCGACCACCGGCGGCGCGGCGCUGACAACAGUGACCUCCUCGACCACCUCGGCAUGCUGCGGCCGCAUCUGCCCCGGCACAAGCAGCUUCCGCUGCGCGAGCCAGUUCGGCGGCGGAUGCUGCGGUUACGGCGCGACCUGCGCAUCCGACAAAUCCUGCAUCAUGACCAUCACCGCUUCCAGCUCCGCGACGGGUCUCCUGACGCCCGCUGACCCGGGGUGCACCGCCACGACGCAGUACGCGUGCGAGGACGGCCAGGGGUGCUGCGAUAAGGUCAGAAAGUGUACCGUCGUCAGCGGCACCGCGGCCUGCGCGCCCGGGGAAGCGACCGUGUCGGGCGUCGUCUCGGAUCUAGACGGCGAUGGUAGUGGUAACGGGCUCUCUUCCGGCGCGAAGACGGGCAUCGGUGUAGGCGUGGCUGUAGUCGGGUGCGGGAUCGUGGCUUUCUUCGCGUGGUUCUGUCUCGUCCGCCGCCGCAGACGGCGCCGCGGCGCUACGACGACGUCCCAGCGCAGCGGGGGCGCAAGCCGUGUAAGCGGUGGCGGCGGCGGGCUGAGUAACAUUAUCAUGGGCGGGGGUACUAGCGAAUGGCCGGGUCGUAGCGCGAGAGCCAUGUCGGAAGUGACGUCCGGGUCUCGGCCGACGGCGCGGCGCGGCGCGACGCAGGAUUACUUUGGUCCGGACGCCGUCACGGGUCCGUAUACGGAGACGGAGACGGUGGCGUCUGAUGUGCCUGCGUCGACGCCCGGUCGGACGCGGGGUGUGCCGUUGCAGGCGCAUUCACCCAGCGACGUCGUCGCGCCGGUGGAGAUUGAUUCGCGCGGGGUCAAGAGGGGUUUUGGGCACGAUGUGACGGCCGUUGCGGCGCCGGAGCAGCAGCACACGCCGCCGACGACGGAGGGACGCUUCGAGUUGUACGGUUCCGAGAUGCUGUCCCCUUCGCCGCCGAUGCCGUCGCCUCCGUUGCUGACGCCGCGGAGCGUGGAGAGCGCCAUGAGUGUGUCCGUCAUGGAGCGGUCACCGAUCGACAGGUCGCCAGGUCCUGUUCCGAGUCCGGAUCCGGAUCGGCGGAGGUGA